UGCAGCCAGGACUGUACAGGUGCCGGAGCUCAUCUGAGGCGUGUGACAAUGACAGGACAACAUUGCUGGGGAUACGGCGAGGAGGACGGUCCCUCCGAGUGGCAUCGCCAAUUCCCCAUCGCCCAGGGAAACCGCCAGUCCCCCAUCAAUAUCGUGGCCAAUCAGGCCGUCUUCAACCCCAGCCUAAAGCCUCUGGUGGUGUCCUACGACCAGUGCACGUCCAUCGGCCUCUCCAACAACGGUCACUCUGUCAUGGUGGAGUUCGAUGACAACGACGACAAGACAGUGAUCAGCGGAGGACCUCUCGAUGACUCCUACAGGCUCAAGCAGUUCCACUUCCACUGGGGCACCCAGCGCCACGAGGGAUCGGAACAUACUGUGGACGGGAAGUCUUACCCCUGUGAGCUCCAUCUGGUUCACUGGAACGCAAAAUCGUACGCCACGUUCGCAGAGGCCGCCGCUGCCUCUAAUGGUUUGGUUGUCAUCGGAGUCUUCCUGGAAACGGGAGAGGAGCACCCCAGCCUGAACCGGCUCACCGACGCUCUCUACAUGGUGAGAUUUAAGGGGACCAAAGCACAGUUCCACAACUUCAACCCAAAGUGCCUCCUGCCCCAGAGCCUGGACUACUGGAACUACCCCGGCUCUCUGACCACCCCCCCGCUCAACGAGAGCGUGAACUGGAUCGUUCUUAAAGAGCCCAUCAGUGUAUCAGAAAAACAGAUGGAGAGAUUUCGGAAGACGCUUCUUUUUAGCGGUGAGGAGGAAGAAGAACGGAUCCACAUGGUGAAUAAUUACCGCCCGCCGCAGCCGCUGAAAGGCAGGAAAGUGCAGGCGUCGUUCAAGUGCUGACAUCACAGAGCGCCGAGAACUUUCACCCCGGAAUAGAC